AUGGGUGGCGCUUCAAAGCUCUUUUACCUUGCAGUUUUUAGUCUCCUUGCCCCGGCUCACGGAGAAGACGGUAGAUCUAGAUCCCACGCAUGCGCGAUUGAUUCUAGGUCUACCGUUUCUGAUGCGUGUGCCUCCUUCGCCACAUUCGACGGCCUGAACAACCAGAUAACCCCAGUCUUAAAGUCUCUCACGCAGCAGUCAGACUUCUUCUCCUACUAUCGGUUGAAUCUCUUCAAUAAACAAUGUCCGUUCUGGUCAGACGAUGCCGGAAUGUGCGGGAAUAUCGCUUGUUCGGUUAGCACUUUGGAGUCGGAGGAAGAUAUACCGUUGAUCUGGAGAGCGGAGGAACUGAGUAAGCUGGAGGGCCCCAAGGCUGGACACCCAGGGAAAAGACAACAGGAAGAGCGUCCAAAGGAGAAACCGCUGCAGGGGAUGCUAGGUGACGACGUUAAGGAAUCCUGUGUCGUUGAAUAUGACGAUGAAUGCGAUGAGCGUGAUUACUGCGUACCCGAAGAUGAGGGUGCUACUGGUAAGGGUGACUACGUGAGCUUGUUGGACAACCCAGAGCGGUUUACAGGAUACUCGGGGCCGGGUGCCAGACAUGUGUGGAACGCAAUCUACAGAGAGAACUGCUUCCUCAAACCACAGCAACAGUCUCCCUCAGCACCAAAUGACGUGUUCGAAAAGCCGUUGGGUUCCCAGUACCAGGCUGUGGAGGAUUUCAGACAUGUGCUUGAAAGCCAUGAGAUCAACCAGGUAGUCUCGGGGGCUGUGCGUGAUGAGUUGUUCCCUCUAGACGAUGAGUGCCUUGAAAAACGAGUAUUCCACCGUGUAAUCAGCGGAAUGCAUGCGUCUAUCUCCACGCAUCUUUGCUGGGAUUAUUUCAACCAGUCUACAGGGAAAUGGGCUCCAAACAUGCAAUGCUUCAAGGAGAGGUUACAUUCUCACCCAGAACGUAUUGCCAACCUUUACUUCAACUUUGGCCUUCUUACCCGAGCCGUUGCUAAACUACAGAAACACCUUCAAGGCUAUAGCUUCUGUAUCAGUGACCCAGAGCAGGAUUAUGAGACCAAGCAGAAGAUGAACAGCCUAACACACAUAGUUGCUACACACCCUCAGAUCUUCGAUGAGACCACCAUGUUCCAGGACUCUGUUGCCAAUGGGCUGAAGGAGGAUUUCCGUAACAGAUUCAGAAACGUCAGUCGAGUUAUGGAUUGUAUCGGAUGUGAUAAAUGCCGACUGUGGGGGAAGCUCCAGACAGCCGGAUAUGGCGCAGCUCUCAAAGUAUUAUUCGAAUACGACGAGACCAAGAACGGGGAGAAUCCCCCUCUUCGGAGGACCGAACUUGUUGCCCUGGUGAACACCCUCGCCCGUGUAUCCCAUAGUCUAGCAUCCAUUCAGAAGUUUGAGGAUGCAAUUGGAUCCGAGAUUAUGGGUAAAGACACGGAGACAGUCAAGGCUGACAAACAAGAAGAGUCUUCUACUGUGGACGAUAUUGACGAUGAGCCAGAAUAUGAUGCUCAGCCGGAAACAGAGAGUGAAUCGCCGAGUCUUAUGACUAUGAUUUCACGAGAGGCCGGCUUGAUAUGGCGUGCCUACGUUUACAUCCUAAAGAGUUGGAUUAACUUCCCUUUCUUAGCUUGGGAGAUUAUGAUAUUAGAACUUAACCGUCUGUGGAACUUUUGGCUCGGGCUACCUGUCCCGCCAAGGUCAUGGGAGAUUCACUUCCCUACGGUCGAUGAACUAUAG